AUGGAUCCUUCUACAACUUCAUUGAUCUUACAAGAGCUUAAUUUAAAUAAAGAUUGUGUGGCUAAUAUCUACAAUCACGGUUCAUGGGUCUAUGGUACAAAUACACCGAACUCUGAUCGAGAUAUUAUCAUUGUCACUCGUUUAUCUGACCGACGUCCACUGAAAUUUACAGACAGUUUCGAAUAUUUUCAUCAAUUUGAAUUACAUAGAUUAUGGAAUCAAUAUGAUGUGUGCAUAUAUUCAAUUGAAAAUUUUGAAGUUCUUCUACAAAUAAAUUAUUUAGUUGUUGUUCAAUGUGUAUUUCUACCAGAUGAAUUUAAAAUCAAAGAAGAAAUUGAUUUUCGAAAAAUUUAUCUCGAAAAAUAUUACAAUACAUUAAAACUAAAACAAGCUGUUUUUUAUGAAAUGCAAAGAUAUCGGACGAUGUAUAAUUCGAAUAAUUAUUCAAAUUAUCCAAUACGUAGUUCAAGAACAAUUAAAACGGGUCAAUUACGAAAAGAUUUUGUAUUAAAAAGUUUAUUUCAUGGUCUUCGAUACUUAGAUUUUGUUGAACAGCUAAUUCAAACACGAUCAAUAUAUAAUUAUAAACGAAUUACAUAUAUUUAUGAUGAGAUGAAAGCUAUACGUGGUGAUCCACCAGAUAAUUCAAGUAUGGCACGUGCAGGUGAAUUCGUUCAUAUAAAAUGUGAUGAACUUCAAUCAAAAUUGGAUGUACUUGUCCCAACAAACAUUAUCAAAGGAUCAUUCGAAGUAUACAUCACAUUGGAUUUUACAGAUCAUACUGAACAAGCGAUUGAAAUCCUUCAAAAAGCAUGUGAAAAUACAAAAUACAAACUCAUGUUUAUUCAGUUAGAUACUGAUUCAGAAAAGAAGAAACUGAAAGCAUUAAUGGUAUCAUCAUAUUAUUAUGGUGAAUAUCCAUCAAUUGUAAAACAAAUUGAAGAAGAAGCUUAUCAAGCUUUUCAAGAUUUUAAUAUCAUACGUAUUAAAAUCAAAUCAUCAGUAUCCAAUGAAGGUGUACCACAGACUGACAUGGAAAAAAAAGUAUUUUGGAAUGACGAAACAAAUUAUUUUGAAUUUCAUUAUAAAAUCCCACUGGAAGAAGAAUGUGAAAGAGACAAAUUAAGAAGUCUUGUAAAUAUGUGUCGACCAUAUUUCAAAUAUGAUUUACACUCAUCAGAUAAUGUAUACGAACGGAUACAUCAAAAGAAUCCUGAGUAUAUGAUUACGAUGCGUUUAUUUGAUUUUGGUCGAGAAAAUGCAUUGAAAACGAACAAAGAAUCUGUGGAAGAAUUGACAAUUAAUAAUUCUCCACCAUUACAAGUUGUAUGUGAAUUUAUUGUUUAUGAUACACAUAUUGAACUUGAUAAGGAUUGGCAACAAGUUGAUUCAACAUUUUUCAAUCAAUUAGUUGGCUUUAAAAUGUGGAAACGUGAAAUUAUUACGAACUAA